AUGGCAGACAAACCAGCAAUAUACAAACAUGCCGACAAAGACGGCCACUUCCGGCGCAGCGACUCCGCAUUCCGCUCCUCUAUUUCCCGAUCUCCAGAUGCCGAAUUCCCCGCUGAACCAAACCGCUACGUCCUAUACCUCAACUACGUUUGUCCCUGGGCGCAUCGCGCUAACAUUGUGCGCUCCCUCAAAGGUCUCGAGGAUAUCAUCCAGCAAGUCGUCGUCGGCAACGACCUUGGCCCUGACGGAUGGUACUUUACCGGUGUAGACGGCGCCGCCGAAAAAGAUCCCCUUCACGGCUUCAAAUACCUCUCCGAAUUAUAUUUCAAAGCAAACCCAAACUAUUCCGGACGAUACACCGUUCCCUUUAUAUGGGAUAAAAAGAAAGAAACUAUUGUCAACAACGAGAGUAGCGAAAUCAUCCGCAUGCUCUACACCGAAUUCGACGACCUUCUCCCCGCCGACUUGCGAGAAGAGAACAAACCAGGCGGAGGCCUCUACCCAGCCCAUCUGCGCACCGAAAUAAAUGAAAUGAACGAAUUGGCCUAUCACAAGAUUAACAACGGAGUCUACAAAACCGGCUUUGCGACCACGCAGGAAGCGUAUGAUGCGAAUGUGUACCCUCUCUUCGAAGCACUGGACCGAGUCGAGCAGCAUCUCGCCGACCCCAAACAUCAACCAUACUUAUUCGGCGAGUACAUCACUGAAGCAGAUAUACGCUUAUACACGACGAUAAUCCGUUUUGAUCCGGCGUAUCAUCACGUCUUCAAGUGUAAUAUCAAAAUGAUUCGACAUGAUUAUCCGCGUAUUCAUCGGUGGUUGAGGUUAUUGUAUUGGGAUGAAUCAGAGCGAACGAGAGGAGGAGUGUUUAAGAAGACGAGUUAUUUACAUUUGUAUAAGAUUAAUUAUUUGCAGGCAUUGGGGAGGAAGGAGGGUGUUGAUGGGGAGGGGUUGAUUGUGCCAGCUGGACCUAUUCCGGAGAUUCUUCCUCUGGAUGAGUAA